AUGACUGAUCAGGGCGUUGGCAGGAUCCAGAAACCACGGAAACAUCAUUCAAAUGGCAAUCGAGCGCUGAAAGCUUGUGACACUUGUCGUCGCAUGAAAACUAGAUGUAUUCCAUCACCGAUACCGAGCGAACAUCGAUGUCUCCGAUGCGAUAGUUUGAAUUUGAGAUGCUCGUUCCAAGAUCUUUGGGAAGCUGAAGGUGAAAAUGGAGUACGAUCGGGAGAGUCAAAAACGGAAACUACGGAGUUCGGCAAGUCGAACAAUACCGGCUAUUCGACAAGCUACGAAUCUGCGGAAUUGACGAAACGGCUGCUGAAAAGUGGUUAUACACCAGAUAAUUUCGCAAUUCACUCAAAACUACUGCAAAAUGUCAACAAUAACGUUACUAGAAUCUUGGAGUUGAUGGAAUCCAGCUCUACAAAGCUGCCCAAAACUAUUGAUCGAAAGCAGCACGAUGACGUGAGUUCUGCUUUCGACGCCAUGACCGCAUCCCCAAGACCAGCAGUAAACGAGCUGAAUAAUCUGUCAUCUUCAGCCAUUGGUUUGGCUAACUUCAGAGCAGGUUCUCUGGAAAUAGGGGAAACUUCGGCCAGGUCCGGUCAUCGCGUUUCAAUGCCCCAUCUGGCCUCCCCCUUUGCAAUGUUCACACAGUUAACAGAUUCUGAAAAUAUCCCGCUUCCUAUAACUAAGCUCUACACUCGUGUUGUGAUACCAGAAGAAACGACUUCUGACGUCGUUGACAUGAAUCUGCUGUCGUUAGACGAAGUAGCUCUACUUAUGGAAUCGUUUCGCCAAGGUUACGGGAAAUGGUGCUCAUUUCCCGAAUUGAUGGACUCAGGAGACUUGGUCAAGGCAUUGAGAUCAAGAAAUGCAAGCUUGCUGCUCACAGCCGUAUGCGUCUUGGCGCUCCGAUAUACAAUCCAGCAUCAUGAUCUCAAGACCCGAAUAUACAAAACGCUGCUUCAAAAACUCAAAGACGAUCUAGAUUUCAAUCUAAGAGCAGUGCCACAGACGGUCGAGUUUAUACAAGCAAUGGUGCUUCUGUCGCUGUACGCAAAUUCCUUUAGCAGUGACAUUAUGACCUUCGACGCGUGGUACCUUUCUGGAAUCGGCCUACAACAUUAUUUAACUUUGACCGUUACCAGUGGAGAUUACAAAGAUGAUACGGGUUUGAAUCAAGCAUCAAAUGUUGAAGUGCACAGUGCACUUGACGAAGAUGACUUCAUGGAUAGCGACUUGAGCCCCACAUUCAAGAGAUUACAGCUAUUUCGGCUUUGGAAUCAUCUAUGCUUAGCACACAUUGCGAAUUGCGUAUUCUCUGGUAGAAUGUGCAUUAUUGAUGGGGUGAGAGCGGAUCUCUGCCGUCGGACUUUGGAUUUUUCAAAAUCCACCAAUUUUGAUGGAAGGAUGGUGGCGGAAAUAUCACUGCACUUGAUCUUGUACAAUUUUGUACAGCAAUGUGCUUUGAGCCCUCUCGAUGAAGCUUCAGGUGCUGCGGCUUACAGGACGGUCAAAGAGGAAUUGCGCAUCUGGAAUGAAGAGUGGGAGUACCUCUUAACUCAGCCCAUCUACCCUUCAAAACAAUACGCUGAGUUUGCUUUGGAUUACACUCGUACCAUUGUGUUGUACACCUGGUUCCAUAGAUUAUACAGAGCCAGUAAAGCUAGUGCGGCAACAAGUGGAAACCUUUCCAGCGAUAAUGGUAUCAUUAAGGGCUCAGGAAUAGAAAUUCAAAAAACGCCUACAAAAAUACCGAGUCAAGAGGUCUCAAUAUCCAAUGUUGUGAGCUCAAUGCCCAUCAAAACCCAAUUGAAGCUACUUGAGCAUUCUCGUAAAGCUGUAGAAGCAAUGGUAACCGAAAACUUCGAAAAUUUUCGUUUUCUUUCCGACCAACUCAUAUUUCAAUGCGUUCACUUAUCAUUGAUGUGUCUAGUAGUGGCUCGUAAACUGUUUGACUCUGAGAGCACCGUUUUUAAAGAAGAAAAACUUGAGCAGGUUCUUAGUGAUGUGAAAAAGUUUAGCUUGAGGCUCCACAAGAUACGGGAGGGGGAACUCAAAAGCUUCUGGGUCGAGGAAGUCGAUUUGCGGAUACCCAGCGUGAUACUCCAAUAUCAUAAGUCCAUAGAGGCAUGUCUUCGAGACAAAUUUCCUGAAUACGAAAUCCAAGUAGAUGACGACUUAUAG